UCGCGAGUUAUCGAUAACGGGGAUGAGCUUGCGUUGUUGUUCUUAAAGCAAUUGCGAAUAAUAAUUGGGAAUACAAGUGAACAAACCAUGGCCGCGAACUACGCAAAAACGACCAAGGGCAUCUCGACGGCGAUCCUGCGCAACCAGCUGAUGGGCCUGAUCAACUUCACCGGCACGCACAAGGACCAGGCGGACAAGUACCGUCAGCUGCUGAAGACUGUGCUGGCGAACACCGGCCAGGAGCUGAUCGACGGCCUGCGGCUCUUCGUGGAGGCCAUUGUGAACGAGCACGUCAGCCUGGUCAUCUCGCGUCAGAUCCUCAACGACGUGGGCAGCGAGCUCAGCAAGCUGCCCGACGACCUGUCCAAGCAGCUCUCCCACUUCACCCUGGAGAAGGUCAAUCCACGCGUCAUCUCGUUUGAGGAGCAGGUGGCCGGCAUCCGGUUCCAUCUGGCCAACAUCUACGAGCGCAACCAACAGUGGCGCGAUGCGGCCACGGUGCUGGUGGGCAUACCGCUGGAGACGGGCCAGAAGCAGUACUCAGUGGAGUGCAAGCUGGGCACCUACUUGAAGAUAGCCCGUCUCUACCUGGAGGACAACGAUUCUAUGCAGGCCGAGCUGUUCAUCAAUCGCGCCUCGUUGCUGCAGGCCGAGACCACCUCCGAGGAGCUGCAGGUACUCUACAAAGUGUGCUACGCCCGUGUCCUGGACUACAGGCGCAAGUUCAUCGAAGCCGCCCAGCGAUACAACGAGCUCUCCUACCGCAAGAUCGUGGACCAGGGCGAGCGGAUGACGGCGCUGAAGAAGGCGCUCAUCUGCACCGUCCUCGCCUCCGCCGGGCAGCAGCGCUCCCGCAUGCUGGCCACUCUGUUCAAGGACGAACGCUGCCAGCAUUUGCCUGCCUACGGCAUUCUGGAGAAGAUGUACCUGGAGCGCAUCAUCCGGCGCUCCGAGCUGCAGGAGUUCGAGGCCCUGCUGCAGGACCACCAAAAGGCUGCCACGCCCGACGGCUCCUCCAUCCUGGAUCGAGCUGUUUUCGAGCACAAUCUGCUGUCGGCCAGCAAGCUGUACAACAACAUCACCUUCGAGGAGCUGGGCGCCCUGCUGGACAUACCCGCGGUGAAGGCGGAGAAGAUUGCCUCCCAGAUGAUCACCGAGGGCCGCAUGAACGGACACAUUGACCAGAUCUCGGGCAUUGUGCACUUCGAGAACCGCGAGCUACUGCCGCAGUGGGACAGACAGAUUCAGUCACUGUGCUACCAAGUUAAUUCCAUAAUAGAGAAGAUAAGUGUCGCCGAGCCCGAUUGGCUGGAUAACCUGAACUGAACCCGACUCUCAGCAACCC